AUGGGUCUUGAGCAGGAAAAGCCUGCUGACAGUGUCCAUAUGGAGGCUACACCCGCUACCAUGGAUAUGGAUCUCGCCGAUAUGAAGAAGUCAGAGCAGACAGAAGAGGCCUCCGGAUCUGCUAUGAGCUUGAAGGUUGCUUUGACCAAUUACCGCAAUUCCAUGUUAUACAGUCUAUUCUUCUGUUUCUCUGCCGUGCUAUGGGGUUAUGAUAUGCAGAUCAGUGGAGGCCUCCUUGCCGCUCCUGAAUUCCGUGCGGUGUUUGGAUACACCCAAGCUGAUGGCACAUCUAUCCUUCCCGCCGAAUGGCAAGCUGCUUUCAAUAUGAUUGCCACCGUUGGUGGAAUGGGUGGAAGUCUGAUCUGUGGUCUUAUCUCUCCUUGGGUAGGCCGAAGAAUGACUUUGACCAUUGCCUGUUUCAUCUCCAUUGGCUCCGUCUUCAUCCAGUUCUUUGCCUUCGUUCCUGGUGUUCUCCUUGCUGGAAAGCUGAUCAACGGUAUCUCACUCGGCAUGUUCCUUGUCACUGCCUGUGCCUACUGUUCUGAGGCCUGCCCUGUCGUCCUUCGUGGAAUCACUAUUUCCAUGGUCAACCUCUUUGUUGUAGUCGGUCAGCUCCUCGGAAACUGCCUCAUCAAGGCUUUCGGUGCGCGGACCGACACCUUUGCCUACCGAAUCCCCUUUGCUUUCCAGUGGGUUUUCCCCGUCAUCCUUCUUUCUGGCGUAUGGUUCUGCCCCGAAUCCCCUUAUUGGUGUGUCCAAAGGGGCAAGCACGCCGAGGCCAAGAAGGUUCUCGAACGCUUCCAGACUGGCGGCAACAUUGAUUCCUGGCUCGUUGAGAUCCAGGAAACAGUUCGCAUUGAAGAGGAAUCGGCAAACUCCGCUGGAUACAUUGAUUGUUUCCGCGGAACUGACCUUCGUCGCACCCUGAUCAUCAUGGCCGUUUGGACCAUCAACUCUUUCAGUGGUGUCAACUUUGUGCUCAGCUACUCAACCUACUUCUUCCAGAUCGCUGGUAUCCCUACCUCUUCCUCGUUCGACAUGGGUGUUGGUGUGACCGCAGUUGGCGUCGUUGGAAACAUCGGCUCAUGGUGGGUCAUCAACAUCAUCGGUCGCCGAGCUCUCUUCCCCGGCAUGGUUGUUCUGACUGUCAUUCUCCUCGUCAUUGGCAUUCUCGAUGUUGUACCAGGUUACAACUCCUCGGUUGCUAUGGGACAGUGUGUUCUGAUUAUCAUCUGGAACUUCUUCUACGACCUUACCCUUGGACCUCUUGGAUACGUCAUCUGCGGAGAGAUGUCUUCUACUCGUCUGCGCUCAUACACUGUCAGCAUUGGUUUCUUCACACAAAACUUCUGGACUUUGAUCAUGACUCUUACCGUGCCUUACAUGAUUAACCCUGAUCAGGGUAACCUCCGCGGCAAGACAGGCUUCAUCUUCUUUGCAUUUUCGAUCAUUGCCGCUGUUUGGACUUACUUCUGCUUGCCCGAGACCAAAGGCCGGACCUUUGAGCAGCUGGAUCAUAUGUUUACGCAGAAGAUUUCGGCACGCAAGUUUGCCGAGUAUGACGACAGCCCUCAUGAAGGAUAA